CUCUGCUCUCUCUAGGAGCCGGGAGGGAGGGAGGGAGUGGGAAGAACGAGCGGCGCAGUCGGGGAGAGACAAAGGCGACCGCGGGACACGUGACGCAGCUUUGCACAAGCCAAGUCUCCUUACUUGAGCGAGUGAAGUCACGAUGAGGCCGGGCGGUCGCGAUGACGGCCAAUAGGAGCGGCGGUGGUGGCGGUGGUGGUGGUGGUGGUGGCGGUGGUGGCAGUGGCGGCGGCGGUGUUGCCGUGAGGAACGGGCUCAGCACCAGCCGCUCCCGGACAGCGACGACGCCGACGAAGACGGCGGCGCCAGCGGCGAACCUGUGCGGGGCGCGGGAGUGCGGGGGGGCAGCGGAUGAGCGGAGCGGCCUCAAGGCGGCGGCGGCACUGAAGGCGUCCGUGGGGGGCCGGUCAUGCGGAGCCCGCGGCGGGGGGGGGCCCUGCACGGCAGAGCCCCCCCGCUACGUGAGCUCCGCGCUGCAGGCCCGGCCCCGGGGCCCGGCCGUGCUGCCCCUGGAGCAGCAGAGGGGGGCGGGAGCAGGAGGAGGAGGGGGGGCGGCGGGGACCCCUAGGGGACCCGUGACCCCCGCGGCCGAGGUCACCGGCGCCGGCUGCCCCCCCAAAACGGCGGAGGGUGCGGUGCCGAACGGCGUCGCCGUGAAGAAUGGAGCGACGGUCCCGGCCGGCUCGGCCACGGGGGAGAUGGCACGGGCCCCGGCCGGGUACCGCGUCUCCAUCAUCAGCCGCUUCAGCGUCACGGGUGGCGGCGGCGGCGGCUGUGGCGCCCGCGCGGUCACCGCCGCCCCCCCCCUCGAGGGCGCGAGGGGGGGGGCGGGGGGCUCCCCACCCGGCGAGGGCAACGCCUUCCCGGGAGGCGACGGCGUCGGCGGACGAAGCGACGGCGAUGCCGGAGGUGGCCGGGGAGCGGAGAACGGCAGCGUCCCUGCCCUGCGCCCGGGCGCCGGCGCGAGCGUGCGCCUCCGUGCCAGGGACCCCGACCGUGCAUGCCGCCACCCUCCCCCGUCCGGCGACGCCGCCGCCGCCAGCGCCAGCGCCGACUCGAAGCGGCGCGAGUCGGUGCUGCAGCGCGUGCGGACCUUCGAGAAGGCCGCCAAGGAAGGCCUGGCCGGCUCGCCCGGCCCUCCAGCCACCUCCGCCGCCUCCGGUGCCGGCGAGGCAACGGGGGCAAGGACCCCCCUCGCCUCCCUCCUGCAGUUCCCCGGGAACUACUACAGCCCCGACGCGGCGCUCGUCCGCAGGAUGGAGUCGGCGAGCCUCUCGCUCGGCACCGCGGACGGCGGCAGGGGGAGGUUCGCGAUGGGCGACUCGAGGAAGAGGGGGGAGCGCGGCGGCGGUGGCGAUGACGACGCCAGCCCCACGGAGACCGGGUGGAGGAGAGUGAGUGGGGAGUCGCUGCUGGAUGAUGUCGAGGCCACGCUGGGAGCCUCCAUCCUCGACGGAGCGUCGCUCAGGCCCACGGUCCCGUCGCCAGCAACGCCGUCGCCAGCAACGCCGUCGCCAGCAACGCCGUCGCCGCCGCCGGGUUCGUCGUCGGCCUCGCCGCCGAACGAUUUCGCCGCCUCCGGCGCGAGGUCGGCGGCCGCGUCGGGGGGAGGGCCGGGGGGCGGCGGCGUCAUGGCGGCAUUCACGCCGAUCUCGGUGAACCCCGUGCCCAAGCCGCGGCGGACGUUCGAGUACCACGCGGAGCGGACGACGCCGGCACCGGGGGCGGUGGAUGACGCCGGGGAGGAGGGGGACGGGGGGGAUGGGGAGGAAUCCGGCAGCGUGGGGGUGGCAUGCCGAGUAGGAGGGGAGCGACUGCUGGAGGAGACGCCCGUGGUGUCGCGGAAGCCGAGGGCCGCCCGUGGCAAGAGUCGGUUCGGCAGCGGCGGCAGCAAGAAAUCUCUGGAGGGCAGUGAGACCCCGAGGGAUCGAGGUGAGGGGCUCCCGCCCAUCGGCAGGAAAAACCCGGAGCGGAAGAGCACACACGGGCGGAACGGCUCGGAGGAGAAUGUGUACGAGGAUAUCGUCGGCGUCGCUGGGGCAGCGCCAGCAGACGCGUCGCGGGAGAACCCCUACGAGGACGUGGAGCCGCACUGCUUCUUCACGGGGCGCAAGCGGGCCUUCUCGUCGCGCAACGGGCGCCGCUCCUCCGCACAGCGGCCCUGGGGACAGCUGCGCAAGUUCUCCACUCCAUCGCCGAGCCACCGCAGAACCCAGAGCCUCAUGGGCAGCUGUCCCCACUCUGCAUCAUCGACGACGGCGGCGGCGGCAUCGCCAUCGCCGUCGCCGUCGGGGGCGGUGGGGCUCAAUGGGGGCGACUCGGAGGGGCGGCGACGCCUGCCGCUCAAGAAGACGCUGACGGAGCCGGCGAUCGCGACGCUGGUGGGGCCCCGGCGCUCCCUGGGCGGGGGGGCCACGGAGGACACCGCGAGCACGGCCAGCGACGUCUCCUUCCGGCAGCAGCACCCCCGCCGUGUGCCCAAGAUGGUGCAGAAGAUCAACGAGGUGUUCACGGCGAAGCGUGGGAAGAAGCGCUGGAGGAAGACGUCGCCUAGCAACGCGGAGACCGCCUCCCUGCGCGGCGACAACAGCGAGAGCGACAGCGACUCGGACGAUCACAGCAAAGAGCACGCGUGGAGGCUGGUGCGCAUGGCGCGGCUGCGCGCCCGCACACGUGGCCACCGCACGCUGGAGCGCGAGCUGCUCGAGUGGCAGGAGCGCCAGCUGUUCGAGUGCUUCCUGGUGGUGGCGCUGCGCGCCAAGCCGACGGGGCGCGGAUACCAGCCCGAGGUCACCUACCAGUUCCCCAAGCUGGAGCGCCUGACGAAGGAGGUGCGGGAGUCCGAGGAGAGGAUCAAGGCCAUCCCCCAGUUCUGCUUCCCAGACGCACGCGACUGGGCGCCCAUCACCCACUACACCAGCGAGAUGUUCUCCUUCGUGCUGACGACGAGCGACGGGAGCCGCCGGUUCGGCUACUGCAGGCGUCUCCUGCCGAGCGGCAAGGGGCCGCGCCUGCCGGAGGUUCACUGCAUCGUCAGCCGCCUCGGCUGCUUCACCCUCUUCUCAAAGAUCCUGGACGAGGUGGAGAGGCGGCGGGGGCUGUCGGCCGCCCUCGUCUACCCGUUCAUGCGCGCACUCGUGGAGGCGCCCUUCCCGGCCCCGGGACGCACCGUGCGCGUGUCGCUCUUCCUGCCGGGCGCCGGACACGAGACGAUCGAAAUGCGGCGGCCCAGCGACUCCCGCCUGGAGCACGUGGACUUCUCCUGCCUCCUGUCGUGCCUGGGCCCGCGGCAGCUGCUGCGCGUCUUCUCCUCGCUGCUCAUGGAGCGCAGGGUCAUCUUCACCGCCGAUAAACUCAGCACCCUGUCGAAGUGCGGGCACGCGGCGGCGGCGCUGCUCUACCCCUUCGCGUGGCAGCACACCUACGUGCCCGUCCUGCCCGCCUCCAUGCUGGACAUCGCCUGCUCCCCCACGCCCUUCCUCAUGGGCGUCCUCUCCUCCACGCUGCCCAAACUCCAGGAGCUGCCGCUCGAGGAGGUGCUCGUGGUGGACCUGUGCAAUAACCGCUUCAUCAGACAGCUGGACGAUGACGACGGCGUCAUUCCGCGCAAGCUGCACGCCGCCCUCGAGCAGGUGCUGGAGCAGCGCAACCUCAUCGCCAGCAGCGCCGUGGACAGCGACGACGACGACGCGGACGACGGAGACGCAGGCGAGGCCAGCGCGGCGCUCAACGCGCUGGUGUCGGAGGCGUUUGUGCGCUUCUUCGCCGAGACGGUGGGACACUUUGCGCUGCACGUGCGCGCCGACGAGCGGGGCGCCCGCCGCCUGCACGCCGACGCCUUCCGCAAGGCGGUCGCCUCCAAGAGCGUCCGCCGCUUUCUCGAGGUCUUCAUGCAGACGCAGAUGUUCGCCGGCUUCGUGCAGGACCGCGAGCUGCGGCGCUGCCACCACGCCAGAGGGCUGUUCGAGCUGCGGGCAUCGCAGUUCCUGGACGAAGUUCCCAACGUGGAGCAGAGCGGAGUGAACCGCUUCCUCAAGGAGCUCGGGAGUCGCAUGAAGUUCCUUUCCAAGAAGCAGUAGUCUCCUCCAGGACCAGCCGGCGCCAGGAUGGGAGCAGCGCGGAGACACAGCUGUCCACCAGCGGCAGCCUGUCGCAGCAGCUACAGCUGCACCAGCUGCACCAGCUGCACCAGCUGCACCAGCUGCAG